GCCGCACACACGAACCACGAGCCUUCGCAAAAAUCCAGUCAGACAAACGGAAAGAGACUCAACACAAGUCUCACAAGGGAGAUACAGCAAAAAAAACUGUAAAAUAAGAAGUCGCUUUCUCUCAAUCGCCACACUUCUGUGCUCGAACGCCGGAGGAGGAAGAAGCGGAAAUGAAGCCGCAGAAGAAGAAGAAGAAGAGGAGGAAGAAGAAGGAGAAAAGCAGCCGUAGAAGAAGAAACGCGGACGGGAAGCGAGCAGGGACAGUCCGCGCCGUGACUCGCGUUGCUAAGCUAAGCUAACAAUUUCUGUGAAGAUGGCAGCACAUUUGAAGAAACGAGUGUACGAAGAAUUCUCCAAAGUUGUUCAAAUUCCUCACGAGGAAACUCCGGCCAAGAAGCUGCGUCUGUCUAAACCCAGCAAGUCUGCGGCUCUGCACCUCGACCUCUGCAAAGCCGCCAGCUCCACCGACGCCCUGCUCCACCUGCUGCACUUCGCUCGGAAGCCCGUGGAGGCGGAGAGCGUGGAGGGCGUGGUCCGAAUCCUGCUGGAGCACUACUACAAGGAGACGGAUCACUCUGUGAGACUGAAGAUCGCCUCCCUGCUGGGUCUGCUGUCCAAAACCCCGGGCUUCAGCCCCGACUGCAUCGUGGGGGACGCCAUCGACGCGCUGAGCUCCGAGAAGUCCCACCAGGUCCUGGCCCAGCUGCUGGACUCUCUGCUGCUCAUCGGGACUCAGCUUCCUGAGAGUCCAACAGUCAGACUGAGGCUCACUGAGGUGGCUUACAAGCACCUGGCCGACGCCUCUUUCGGGGUGAGGAAGAAGUGUCUGCAGCUGCUGGGAUGUCUGGGGACGGUGGACGCUCCUCCCACUAAGGACACUGAGGGACCGGGGACAUCGCUGGGAGCAGUGAAGGACGUUCAGAGCGUCAUCAGCGACUACUUCGGGGACCAAGACCCCCGAGUGAGGACCGCCGCCCUCCAGGCCAUGCUGCAGCUGCAUGAAAGAGGAAUGAAGAUCCAGCAGAUCAUCUACGAUCAGGCCUGCCGGCUGCUGUCAGAUGACUAUGAACAGGUUCGCUCUGCAGCAGUUCAGAUGGUCUGGGUGCUCAGUCAGCUGUUUCCAGAGAGCAUCGUGCCCAUCCCGUCGUCCAAUGAGGAGAUCCGCCUGGUGGACGACGCCUUCGGGAAGAUCAGCCACAUGGUGAGCGACGGCUCCUGGAUGGUCCGGGUGCAGGCGGCCAAGACUCUGGGCUCCAUGCUGCAGGUCAGUCCUCACUUCCUGGAGCAGACUCUGGACAAGAAGCUGAUGUCGGACCUGAGGAGGAAGCGCACGGCCCACGAACGAGCCAAAGAGCUCUUUGCCUCCGGAGAGUUCUCCUCGGGCAGGAAGUGGGCCGACGACGCCCCCAAGGAGAAGCUGGACAGCAACACGGUCAACCUGAUCGCCUCCGGAGCCUGCGGGGCCUUCGUCCACGGCCUGGAGGACGAGAUGUUCGAGGUCCGGAUCGCGGCGGUGGAGGCGCUGUGCCGGCUGGCCCGGUCCUCGCCCGGCUUCGCCGAGAAGUGUCUGGACUUCCUGGUGGACAUGUUCAACGACGAGAUCGAGGAGGUGCGGCUGCAGUCCAUCCACGUGCUGAGGGACAUCUCCACCCACAUCACGCUGAGGGAGGACCAGCUGGACACGGUGCUGGCCGUGCUGGAGGACUCGUCCCGGGACAUCAGGGAAGCGCUCCACGAGCUGCUGUGCUGCACCAACGUCUCCACCAAGGAGUGCAUCCAGCUGGCUCUGCUGGAGCUGCUCAAGAACCUCAACAAGUACCCCGGAGACCGCAACUCCGUCUGGAAGUGUCUCAAGUUCCUGGGCUCUCGCCACCCGACUCUGGUCCUCCCUCUGGCCCCGGAGCUUCUCAGCACUCAUCCGUUCUUCGACACUCCGGAGCCGGACAUGGACGACCCGGCCUACAUCGCCGUCCUGGUGCUGGUCUUCAACGCCGCCACGUCCUGCCCCACCAUGCCGGCUCUGUUCUCAGACCACACCUUCAGACACUACGCCUACCUGAGGGACAGCCUGUCGCACCUGGUGCCGCCGCUACCGCUGCCGGGCAGGAAGCGGGUCCAGGCCGGGUCCCGGCCCCGGUCCGGCCCGGCCCCCGGCCCGGUGGAGGCGGCCCGGCUCUUCCUCCAGCAGAGCCUGAAGAGAGCGAGCGCCAUCCAGAACCCGGAGGCGGCGGGGGCCCGGGACCUGCUGGACUUCACCAUCCGAGACCUGCGGCGGCUGGGGGAGCUGCAGGCGGAGCUGGCCGGAGCCGCAGACUUCUGCUCCACCUACCUGCACUGCCAGCUGCUGCUGAUGGAGGCUCUCCAGGAGAAGCGGUGGAACGUGGCCGUGCCUCUGUGCCUGCAGCAGAACGCCACGGCGACGGCGGCGGCUCAGCAGAUCCUGCAGGACUCCUACCAGCUGGAGUUCCUGUUCAGCGGCCUGGACAGAGGACAGCUGGCGUCCGUCCAUCACGUCCGCCUGCAGGCCAGAGCUCUGCAGCUCAUCCUGAGCGCCCGACGCAGGCAGGGGACCGACUCCCUCAUGAGCAGCUGUGAGACGUUCCUGCAGGACGUGGAGACUUUCCACAGGCAGUUUGGGGCGGAGCUGCUCCACCUGCAGGGCUGCUUUGUGGAGCGGCUGGUGGAGCAGCUGCCCCGGCUGUGGGCGGCUAAAGGGGCGGAGGUGGUGAAGCUGCUCCAGAGCGCUCUGAGGCAGAGCGGCUUCCUGCAGCUCACGCCGCCUCAGCAGGUAGGAGUCCUCCUCCGUCGGCCGCUCCGUCACCCGCUCCGUCGGCUCCGCCCCCUCAGCUCCGCCCCCCGCUGCCUCCAGGUCCACAGAGCCCGGGCCUCCAUCCUGGAGCCCAGCGGAGAGUCGGACAACCCGCUGCGCUUCACGUCCGGCCUGGUGGUGGCGCUGGACCUGGACGCCACGCUGGAGCACGUCCGGGACCCUCAGAGCUCCGUCAGGGUCCAGGUCCUGUAUCCAGACGGGCAGAGUCACGUGGUCCACCCCAAACCCGGGGACUUCAGGAAGCCGGGACCCUCCAGACACAGGCUGAUCACACAGGUGUACCUGUCCCACACGGCCUGGACAGAGCCGUCUCAGGUGGAAGUGCGCCUCCUGCUGGCCUACAGCUCCUCCUCCUCCUCCUCCUCCAGGCUGGGGUGGAGCGACAGCAUGGACGGUCUGGCUCCGUCAGAGGCUGCAGUGGAGGGAACCAUCCCGCUCAGCAAAGCCGUCAAAGUCUACAUCAUGCCCAAACCGGCUCGCCGCUGACAGGCUCCGCCCCCAGCUCCACCACUAGCUCCGCCCCCAGCUCCAGUGUGUUUUAUUGUCUUCUGAAUCAUUUCCUGUCGAACUCCACAUUAAAGUUGUUUCCUUCUCUUCUGU